AUGCGCCCUUCCCAACCUCGCUCGCUCUGUCAGUCUCGUUUCCUCGCGCCUGAAAGAAGUCUCGCGAUCUUUGGUGACUUGCUCUUUCCAGGACCUACCCUUUUCUGGCUGUCAGUUUUGUCCCGCCUACCGCUACAUUCUACUUCCGCUUCCGAUCGACGUGGUUGCUUUCUCCUGGAAGUGGUCACCUCGGUGGUCGUAAUGGGGAAGUCAGACUUUCUUACCCCCAAGGCUAUCGCCAAUAGGAUUAAAUCCAAAGGGCUUCAGAAGCUGCGCUGGUAUUGCCAGAUGUGUCAGAAGCAAUGCCGGGACGAGAAUGGCUUUAAGUGUCAUUGUAUGUCAGAAUCUCAUCAGAGACAGCUAUUGCUGGCUUCAGAAAAUCCUCAGCAGUUUAUGGAUUAUUUUUCAGAGGAAUUCCGCAAUGACUUUUUAGAACUUCUCAGGAGACGCUUUGGCACCAAACGAGUCCAUAACAAUAUUGUCUACAAUGAGUACAUCAGCCACCGAGAACAUAUUCAUAUGAAUGCUACUCAGUGGGAAACACUGACUGACUUUACUAAGUGGCUGGGCAGAGAAGGCCUGUGCAAAGUGGAUGAGACCCCUAAAGGUUGGUAUAUUCAGUACAUAGACAGGGACCCAGAGACCAUUCGCCGGCAGCUCGAGCUAGAGAAGAAGAAAAAGCAGGACCUUGAUGAUGAAGAAAAAACCGCCAAAUUUAUUGAAGAACAAGUGCGAAGAGGUCUGGAAGGGAAGGAGCAGGAGGCCCCUGUCUUUACAGAAUUAAGCAGAGAAAAUGAUGAAGAGAAAGUUACAUUUAAUCUGAAUAAAGGAGCAUGUAGUUCAUCAGGAGCAACAACUUCCAAAUCAAGUUCUUUGGGGCCAAGUGCACUGAAGACGCUCGGGAGUACAGCAUCAGUGAAACGAAAAGAAACUUCCCAGAGCUCAGCUCAGUCUAAAGAAAAGAAGAAAAAGAAAUCUGCACUUGAUGAAAUCAUGGAGAUUGAAGAGGAAAAGAAAAGAACUUCUCGAACAGACUAUUGGCUACAACCUGAAAUUAUCGUGAAAAUUAUAACCAAAAAACUUGGAGAGAAAUACCAUAAGAAAAAGGGUAUUGUUAAGGAAGUAAUUGACAGAUAUACAGCCGUUGUAAAGAUGAUUGAUUCUGGAGACAAGCUGAAACUUGACCAGACUCAUUUAGAGACAGUAAUUCCAGCACCAGGAAAAAGAAUUCUAGUUUUAAAUGGAGGUUACAGAGGAAAUGAAGGUACCCUAGAAUCCAUCAAUGAAAAGACUUUUUCAGCUACUAUAGUCAUUGAAACUGGCCCUUUAAAAGGACGCAGAGUUGAAGGAAUUCAAUAUGAAGACAUUUCUAAACUUGCCUAAGUUGGAAAAUUUGUUAACGCAUUAAAAUCCUAAAACAUCACAUUGGUGUUUGCUAAAAGUAUUAUGAGACUCUACUGUGUUAGAGUAUGUCUUUGUAUAAAACAAAUAGACUUAUUUAGAUAUUAUUGUACAGGUAUUUAAAUGUAUAGAAAGUUCUAAUUAUGUGUUCUAAAGUAUCAAUUUUGACCUUGUUUAAUACUGUAUAAUAUGAAGUGUUUCUUUGAUUUUUUUAUCUUCAUUAAAAAUAUUGUAAAAUGUUUUGUAUAAGACAAUGUAGAAUUCUGUAAUUGGAGGAAAUUUUCAUGUACUCUAAAAUUUAUAUUUGCAGUAGUAGAAUAGUAAUGUUGAACUGUAAUACACAUAUCAUUAAAAUUUUAAAAGCCUAUGCUAUAAUAGCACCUUUAUUAUGAUAUAAUUCACACACCAUACAAUUUAUUCAUUUAGAAUGUACAAUUCAUUGAUUUCUAGUAUAUUUACAGAGAUGUAUAACCAUUUUUACUAUUUAAUUUUUGAGUGUAUAUUUUGUCACUCCCAAAACAAACCCUACACACAUUCAAUCACUGUUGUCACCCCAUGCCCAUUGCUGGCAGUGAAUUGUUUUGUUUUGUUCGUGAUACUGGAAAUUGAAUCUGGGGCCUCGCUUUCCAGGCAGGUAAUGUGCAGCUGAGCUACAUCCCUAGCCCAAGGCAAUGAUUGAUAGCCUUUCUAUCUCUUUAGAUUUGCCUGUUCUAAACAUUUUGAAUAAAUGGAGUAAGCUGUGGGGUUUUAUUUAUUUAUUUUUACAAUGGGUAUCUUUACACUUAGCCUAAUGUUUGCAAGACUCAUCCACAUCAUAACGUGUGGCUAUACCACAUUUUGCUUGUCUACUCAUUGGUUGAUGGACUUGUUGGACACUACUAUGACGUUUGUUUAUGAGACUUUCCGAGGACAUAUACUUUGAAUUCCCAGUGGUAGAAUUGCAGUCUCACUAUGAGUUAUACCAUAUUUAAUAUUUUGAGGAACUUCCAGUUUUACAUAGUACUUAUAUCACGUUAGCAAUGUUUGAACUGUAUAUUGUUAAACAAAUACGGAACAUGUUUUGAGAUACAAAAGAUUGGAAACCUACCUCAUACUUCUUUAUACCUCUCCCUACGUGCAUGUGCACACACAAGAAAUUUGCAGUGUGAUGAACUGAAAAAUAAACAGAUGCAGCGGGAUGUAAAUGUGAA